UUGUAAACAGUAAGGAACUACAAGAGCCAUCGCUCUACGCAGGCGCAAUAUAUUGUCGAAAAGCGCAUUCGGAAUGAUUCGAGGAGUCCUGCAGUUGUCGCCAUAAACGUGAGGGAUUAAUCGCCGUUACGAAAACAACUGGAAUUUCAAAAUGACAGAACGUGCAAACAAUUUCCCUCCACUUCCUCGGUUUUUGAGAAUUAAGCCAUGCUUUUAUCAGAACAUUGAAGAGGAAAUACCCCAACCGCACCAGAUGCUAGUGCAAAGAAUUUACAAACUUUGGAUGAUGUAUUCAGGCAUCCUUUGCUUUAAUGUCAUUGGAUGUAUUGCUUGGUGGGCCGGUGGUGGAAGUGCUACCAACUUUGGUUUCUCCUUGCUCUGGCUGAUCCUCUACAGUCCAUGCAGUUACACCUGCUGGUUUAGACCCCUUUACAAAGCCUUCAGGGCUGAUAGCUCGUUCAACUUUAUGGCCUUCUUCUUCAUCUUCUUCCUUCAGUGUGUUUUAGCUCUAAUCCAGACCCUGGGCAUACCUGGUUGGGGAACAUGCGGCUGGAUUGCCACAGUGAUGUUUUUCGGCAGUAACGUGGGCUCGGCCAUUGUCAUGCUCAUUGCAACUCUGCUCUUCACUGUGGUGACUCUCUUUAUGGCACUGGUGCUCAUUAGGGUUCACAGACUGUACCGCGGUGGUGGCGGUAGUAUGCAACGCGCCCAGGAAGAGUGGAGCAGCGGGGUGUGGAAAAAUGCUCCGUCAGCAGGGGUCACUGUUGUCGCUCAAACAGCUCAAGGCCCGACCUUGCCUCAGUAUCCCACUGCAGUGCCAAGCUAUCCAGACAACAGUCAUUGGUGAAAGCCAAGCACUACCACUAGGUGGCGAGAGCAGCAUUUAUUGGUAUUCAUUUCAUCUUUGUGACAACGUUUUAUCGAUAUGGGGCAACAGUCGUUAAAUUAUGAUAUUCUCUUUCACAUUAUGUUUAAUGAAUAUGGAUUUGAAUGAAUGAAUGGAUACGUUUUUUAUUUUCUAAGACAUUUGUUUUGCAAGUUAUGAUUAAAAAAAAAAGAAAAUUAAAUUUAAAAAAAAGUUCAACAUCAGCAGUGUGUAAAAGUUGUGUGCCUUAUGUAAUGGGAUCAUUGCAGAGCUGCAUGUUAGCUUAAGUACAGGAUCCUUUUUUUAUCUGGCAAACAUUAACUCUGUAACUGUGCAUGUGUUUUUUUUUUUUACCAUCUGACAGUUGAGUGUGUAUAAUCUCUGCACUCGGUUGCUUCAACUGUGAUUUCUCGAGGGCCUGACUUUGACGUGCAGACCUUGCAUGUAAAGAAUGGCUUGAUUGCGCGCCUUAAACAAGUUUUGCUUUUGUUUAAAUUAACAUAUACAUUUCAGAUUUAAAAGUGUGCCAACCUUUCAGAAGUCAUGGUGCUAAACCCCUCACGUGCCAAAAAUAUUUUUUUCCUGACAGCAUUACCUUCAAAAGUCACUUCCAAAGGUAAUGUUUGUUGUGUUCACUGUAUUUCUGUAGUUCUAAAACUACCAUUUUCCUUUGAGUGCUCAGCACCCUGCAGUGAAAGCACUUUAUCAGCUGUUAUCUCGGUCCUGCAUUCUUCAGUUAACCCCAACACAGACCAAAUGUUCUCGUUUAGUGAGCGUGCGUUUGUGUCUGCCAAAUGCUGGUUCAUAUGUGAGGCUACAUAAGGGGUUUUUAAUAUGGGAUAUAUUGGCUGUGUUGUACAAUAUAUGGAUUAGCAAACAGAUGAAAUCUUGCCUGUGAAUGCAGUUAAUCUGUCUGAAAGUGACCGUGAGCCAAAUGUUCUGUCAUUUCACAUAACGCCGUGGUGAUAAGGUAAACAGCUCAGUCUUAUUGUUUUGCAGACCAAAGCCUUUUUUGCAGCAUGAGCGCACACUGGAAGGGAAACCUGUGCCUGUAGUAUGAGUAUGAUUUUUCUUUUGUUGUUACAAAGUGUCCUUUGUGCCCGACUGCCAUAGAAAAAGAAGUAUUUUGUUUUUGCUGUUCUAUUCCAUGAUAAUGUAACAGAUGAGAAAUUGAUCUUUAAAAUUGCAACAUUUCAAUAAAUAUCUUUACGCACA